UGUUCCAAUUCUAUGGAGACGCAUUGAGUUUUCCGUAGAAGGUUAUCGACAGAACCAAUGUGGUAAAAAUACAUCUGGACCUCUUUAUUGGAGAUUGAUGAAGAUUAAAAGAGUUAUGUGUGGAAAGACAAAACAUCUCUAUUGCUCAAAUAUGGUAUAUCUCAAAUUGGCGGGUUUAAAAAUCUCAGAUACAUUACUCAGUGCAAUUUUGCGUUUAUGCCCAAAUAUACACACUCUUAUUCUUGAUCGAAGUUAUGGUUUUAGUAAUAUACCAAUUAUAGAAAUUGCAAGAUGUUGUCCAAAAUUGCUACAUCUGAGUUUUGAUGCAUGUAAAGCCAUUACUGAUAGAUGCAUUAGUGAAAUAGUGCGAUCUUGCCCAAAAUUAGAAUAUAUACACUUCGCCUCCAUAUGUAGUCUAAACGUUACUGGUGCAUCUGUGAUUGAAAUAGCACAAUUUUGUCCCAAUCUAAUAUAUUUAAACCUCUCUUCCCAUCAUCGUAUCAAAGAUAUAUCAUUUUGUGCAAUAGAG